UCAAGUCAUCAUCCUAGACGGAGACGUUCAACAAAGGCGACAAUGAGUCUUGACUGGUUUACAGAAGUGGAACUCCACAGGGAGACCAACAAUAAAGAGCACCGGACCAGUGAAAUCUCAGUGGAAGAGCUGAUUGUGAGACGAGGCCAGUCCUUCAAGCUUACCCUCAAACUGGCCCAACCUUUUAAAUCCGGCUUUGAUCAGCUGACAAUGACUGCGGAGACGGGAAAUUAUCCAUCAGAGGAUCUGGGGACAAGAUCUCGCUUUGGUGUCCCAGACAAAGUUCCACGUUCAGCUUCUGCUAAGGCCGUGUGGAAGGCAGAGCUUCACAAGAGCUCUUCUCCUGAAACAGGAAUCUUGAUUCUGAUCAUUACACCCCCAGCUGACACUCCUAUAGGGGAAUACAAACUUUCUGCCAGACACAAGGACAAGGAAAAGAAGUUGGCAAACCUUUCCGUGCUUUUCAACCCAUGGAUUCCUGAUGACUGGGUGUUUAUGCCCAACGAGGCAGAGAGACAGGAGUAUGUGAUGAAUGAGCAGGGAUUAAUCUACAGAGGAGGAGGUAGUUUCAUCUCUCCAAUGUCCUGGGACUUUGGACAGUUUGAGAAGGACAUGGUGAAGAUCUGUAUGAAGUUACUUGACAAAAACAUCAAACACUGGUUAAAUCCAGCUGAUGAUGUUUCUGCCCGUUGUAACCCUAUCUACGUCAGUCGAGUGGUCAGCGCCAUGAUUAACAGUGCUGAUGAAGGUGGUAUUUUGAUGGGAAACUGGGGAAAUGACUUUAGUGGUGGGUUAGCACCCACUCACUGGAGUGGCAGCUAUGUCAUCCUGAAAAAGUGGUAUGAGUCUUACUACCAGCCAGUCAAAUUUGGCCAGUGCUGGGUGUUCGCCGGCGUCAUGUGUUCUGUGAUGCGACUUCUGGGCAUUCCCUGCCGCGUUGUCACCAACUUCCAGUCUGCUCAUGACACCAACAAGAAUCUGACCAUUGACACCUACUUUGACUCUAAAGGAGUCAAAAAGAAGGAAUCCAGUGACAGCAUCUGGAACUUCCAUGUCUGGGUUGAGGGAUGGAUGAAACGACCAGACCUGGCAGAAGAUGGCAAAUACGAUGGCUGGCAGGUUGUGGAUCCAACACCACAGGAGAGGAGUGAAGAUAUUUUCUGUUGUGGUCCAACCUCAUUGGUGGCCAUCCUGAAUGGAGAAACUGAUCUUAAAUAUGAUGUCCCAUUUGUCUUUGCUGAGGUCAACGCUGACUCCGUUUACUGGCUGGACAAAAGUGAUGGAUCCAAGGUGAAAAUCUUUACUGACACUAAGACAGUUGGGCAGAACAUCUCCACCAAGUCUGUUGGCUCAAACAAGAGAAUGGACAUCACUGACACCUACAAGCACAAAGAAGGAACUGCAAAGGAAAGAAAUGUCUUUAAAUACGCCAUCGACAAAUUAGAAAAUGGAACAAUGCUGCCCCGAAAUAUUGGUGGGACUGCUGCGAGGGUCAUGAGUGAGGCGUUGGAGAUGAACGACGAAACUCGUCCGAAUGAAAGAACACCCAGCUCUCUUCCACAAUCACAGCUGCUCAUCCGAUUUGAAGAGGUGUCCAAACCAGAAAAAGGUAAGGAUGUGAACCUGAAGCUGAUUGUGAGCAGUGACAGCAACAUCCCCAAAACGUUUUCCAUCAACAUCAGUGUCCAGCGCAUGAUGUAUACUGGCCAACCAACUGGGAACAUCCAGACUGAGGUUAUGGAGCAGAAGCUGCUGCCUGGGAAAGAUCUGACCAUCCCUAUUCUGGUCCCAUUCUCAACCUACCAUAAAUACAUGAUACACAGUCAGACCAUGAGCAUAACAACAGUUAUCACUGACCUACGGAAUAAAGAAAAUGUAUACUUAGCAUCAAACAGAGUGGUGCUCACAAACCCCCCAAUCUCCAUCACUGUAUCUGGUGUAAGCCGGGUGAACCAGGAGAUGACUGCUGAAGUGGUUUUCAUGAAUCCUGUCAAUGAGACAUUGAGAAACUGCAUUCUAACUCUUUCUGGAUGUGGCCUUCUUAUUGGGGAAGAAAAUACAGAACUUCCAAAUCUGCUGCCAAACAACAGAGUCCGUGUUAAAAUCGUCUUCGUUCCCCACAAGAUCGGAGAACGGACUCUCCUGGUCAACUUCAGCUGCACUGCUUUCAGGGACAUCAAGACCAGCUGCACUGUCAACAUCAAACCUUGACUUUCCCACAUUAUCUUCUCUUUAGGUCAAGAUGUUAGAUGCCAAAAUAGACUUUUUUUUCCCAUGCAUUUCAGGGUUAAGGGUUUCACACAACUUGGGAUAAUAUAUAAUAUUAAAAAAUAUUGCAUAAUUUCUUGCUGAACUUGAAUAAAUUUUUUUUUAAAUGUUUUUUGUUUUUUUUACUGGGAGUAUUAAUAAUUGAAAACAAAAGAAGACGCACAAACAGAUAUUGGUUUUGUGAAGGAAGAUAAACGGAUAGGCUGCUAAAAAAACAAGGAUGCUUUUCUGCAGUUAUGUACUAGUGUGUGGGCUGCUUCUCAUGGGUUUUCCUUUGUAAGUCAACAUGUAUUUCUGCUUCAUAAAAUUUCCAAACAAGUACAUUUCUUCUGUUGUCCAAAUGUAUGGUUCACCUUGUUGAGUCUUUUCAUUGCUUUAAGCUUUACACAUUUUUAAUUGUGACAAUAGCAACUUUAAAAUAACACCUUCAAAACCCACCGUUUGGUUAGGAUGUACAGUAUGUAUAAUUUUGUGGAACAAGAGCUAUUAUAAUCAGAUUAAGUUGCAACCUUUUAAUGUUUUUUUUUUUUUUUUUGCUCUUUCACUUGAGAUUAGUUUUAUUAUUCACACUCUGAUCUUUUAAUCCCUGUUAUUCCCUACUUUUUUUUUUUUUUCCAUGACCUUCCGUGAAAUUUAAAGAAACUGGCUCAGCUGCCUUCCACUUUUAUCUAUUAAACAUAACUUUUUAAGUUACAAUCUAAGCAGCUGAUGUAAAGCAAUGUUAGAGAUGACGAUCAU